AUGUAUUUUGCAAAGGAGUUUUGUCAACGCUGCAAACGAGAGGUAGCAGCACUGCGUAUUCAAUCUAUGUGGCGCGGUUUUCUCUCUAGAAAGAAAUUUGAUUUACGGUGGCUGGAGAUAAGAGCUAUCAACUUGCAGCGACUGGUGCGUGGAACCCUCGCACGAAAGAAUGCACGGAAGAGAGCAGCACGUUUAGAGAGUGGAGCUAUUCAGAUUCAGCGGAUGUUUCGUGGGAUGAAAGCACGCAUGGAAAUUUAUACAUUGAUGCGUCAUAGGGAAACUCGCAACCGACAAGAAUAUAUUGCGGUGUUGGAGGUUGAAGCAGAGUGGCAUCGUGCUCAACGCGAUAAACUCCAAGCUCGAUUAGAACGAAAGCAACUAAAACAACGCGUUGCACAACUGGAAUAUGACUACUACAUCGAGCACGAACGAAUACAUGAUAUGGAAAGUAUAUAUCUUGACAUGCAAACGCAACGCAUGCGAGUAUCCCCUCGUGCAAUUGAGCAUGGGUGGGUGGAAGAAAUGGAGGCAAAAAUGAAACAACAGCGUGCGCUCAUUACCAAGGUCUGGAAUUCAAACGGAAAGAGAAAGAGUUCAUCGAGUUCCAACAGCGCAUUAAUGCCAUAG